CAGAAACAGACCGCCUCGUGAUCGCGUGGUUUUUCCUCCGGCAGGAAGCCGGAACUUUUGUUGUAGUGACGGAAGGUAACCGUGGUAACUGGAACCGAAAAGAUGCUGCCCGACGCCCGGCUCCACCCUUCUUCCUUCGUUCCGCCGUACCACCACCAGUUCGCGACGGAACCACCUCCGCUGGCCUUCAGCCAGCAGCAGCCGGCGAUUUUCAACGGCCCGUUCCAGAUCAUCGAACCGGGCAGCGACCUGUACAUCGAGACGGAGCCCAACUUUUGCCUGGAGCUGAUGCCGGAGGAGGGGUUGGACACGAGUGGGCUGUACCUGUCGGAGAAUGGCAUUCCGGCGGAUGUGCUGGACGACGUGUUCCGGCUGGAUGAUGAGUUGAGCACGGCGGGGGGCUGUUUUCGUGGUCCGGUUCCGGAGGGGGUCGGUAUGGGCCAGUAUGAAGCGCAGUUGGUGGCGGAAAUUGAGCGGCUCUUUCCGGAUGUGACGGGAGGUGGCGGGGUGGUGAAGAAGAAGUCGAGUGGGGCAAGUCGGCUGGCGGAGGAGCUGACCCGGAAGGUUUCGGCUGGCACGAUGAUUCCGGUCGUUUCGGGGAGUCCCUGCUACAUGAACGUGUUUUUGAAGGGAGGUGGCCGCUUGCAGAACAAUUUGGUCAAGCCGGAAUCUACGCCAGAGCGUGGCUACCGGUGUGUCGAAAUGGUCGACGGAACCGGUACCAUGUUCAAGGCCAAAUACUACGCGGAACAGAUGACGGCCAUCACCACGCCAGCAAGGCCAUCAACGCCAACUCCCAGGGUCAUGUCGUUGAGCAAAUUCUCCCCGAUGGUCACCACAGCCACAACACCCACCAGAAUGCCCCAGCUAAAGAACAUGACCCCGGCGAUGGCCAGCAAGAUCGAGUCCCUGGCCAACGGGAUGAACCGCAACGUAACUCUAACCCCGGUCCGAACUCCCAGCCGCAACAGUCUCCUCCCAUCCUCCUCCUCCACCAUCGUCAUCAAGGCUCCCAAGCGGACAAUCGCUUCCGGUGGAACCACCACCAUCUUCCCCGAUCCGUUCUUCCCGAUGCCCAUGAUCAAGCAGGAACCCCUCGACGACCCCCCACCCCAGGAAGACCCCCUUAACCUUCCAACCGUCCCACAACCACCGGUCAACCCGAGCAAGCAACCGCGCAAGCAAAAGCUCAUCAAGCUGUCCCAGAACGGGGAGCUGGUGUUCAGCGAUACGACGAACGUCAGGGAGAGAAAGAUUGUUCCGAAGGUGGUGCAGGCACCGCCGCCGAACAACGAGUACGUCCCGACAAGGGAUCUUUCAGAACCGAAAACGCAUCCCCAACGCACUCCGACUCCAAACCGCCUACCGAACACCCUGCGUUCGUUCAAGAUAUUGCCCUCGCCGACUUCGCAGAGCAUCCCACCCUCACAUUCAAUCCAACAACGGCCGGUCGUCCCAGCACCAGCCCCCAAACGCACCCGCUACCGCGUCCACAUGACCCAAACCCAGCUGCCUCCACAGCAGCAACAUCGCCCCGGCGUUAGCAAGCGCGUUCCGAUCAACCAAACCAUCGAGUCGAUCGAAAUCCUCGACAGCUCCGAAGAGGACGACGAGGAAGAAACGACCACCGCACCGGAAUCGUCCGAACCGGAGGACUCGCUCCCAAAGCUACCCGGCAACACCGAGUCGAUCCAGUGUCCGUACUGCUGCCGCAUCUUCCGCUCCUCCCAGGCGGUCCUCGAGCACGCCCAGAACUGCGCCGACGCCAGCCUCUUUCGGCAGAUUAGCAAGCAGAAGCCGCCGCAACGCAGCCAAGGGCAAUCGCUGCUCAAGGGCAACUUCCCGGCGACGAUUGCGACACGGCGUCGAUCGCCGGAACCGCCGGCAAGCAGCAGCAGCAGCAGCAAGACUAGCAAGAAGAACCGAUCGACGCCGUCUUCGGCGACCAAACGCAGCGAACGGUUGAGCAUCGAGAUUCUGCCUUCGGCGUUCAACAUCACCAACCUUCUUCAGUGUCCGGAGUGUAAGAAGUCGUUCCGUACGGUGGAACACCUGGAGCAGCACCAGCGAAUCCAUCAGGCACCGGUCGUGUGCGAGUUUUGCCAGAAGAAGUUCUACGAGACGCCCCCGCCGAAGCACGUCUGCCAGGAGAAGAAGCGAUCGAUGAAGCUCAAGCGUGCUUGCACCAAGCUUUGAAAUGUUGGGAAGCGUGUCGAAUGAGUUCAAAGAUUCCUUCAAGAACAGGAACAUUUUACGUGAAAUUUACUUAUUUUAUUUACGUUAUCAUUUGAAAUAUCAUCCAUGUUGAAUUCAUACAGCUUACUAAAUUUGAAUUCAAUUUGUUCCAUUUAAAUUUUAAACUGUUGUGAAAUGUCAAUUUCAUAUAAGUUCAACAAUGCUAAGAAGAAUAAAAAUAGUUCCUUCAAACGUUA